UGAUUUGGGCUGAAAGUUUGGGGUGAAGGGGACGGUCUUCAAUCUGGAGUGAGGUCGGAAACAAGCGAGAACCCGGAUUUUUUUUCAACCUAAAAUCUUUACCUGGAGUUUUUUUAAUAGUUGAACGAGGAGUAACUAUAGCUUUUUUUAAUUGACAUUUAAAUUCGUUGGCGAAUGUCUUGAAUCGGGAUUGGGAAUCGUUUUGGCAGAUUAAGUAACAGAAAAUGUGGAGGAACCUUUUUUGCUCGGUUUUUUGCUGCGUCACAGCACUUUGGACUACUACUCACGCGCAAGAAUGUGGUCGACCUCCAUUAAUGGAGAACAGGAUUGUGGGAGGGAUGGACGCCAAAGAAGGGGCUUGGCCAUGGCAGGUUGAUAUACAGACAAAGACUGAGGGUCAUAUCUGUGGAGGCUCCAUCAUCACACAGAACUGGGUCUUAUCAGCAGCACAUUGUUUCCCCAAAACAUAUGACGUGGGCAACUACAUUGUCUACGUUGGCCGGCACCAGACCCAAAGUAAUAACCCGCACGAGUCGUCUCAUUCUGUGAGCCGGGUGGAGAUCCCAUCCAGCUACGUUGAGUCUUACAAGGGGCAAGAUGUGGCCCUGGUGCAGCUGUCCACCCCCAUAACCUGGUCGGAUUAUGCUAGUCCUGUGUGUUUGCCCUCGUCUGACACCCAGUUUUCUACCGACAUGCAGUGCUACGUAACCGGCUGGGGCAACACCAAAGAAGAUGUCCCUCUGUCAAGACCUGGGACUCUACAGGAAGUGAAGGUGCCAAUCAUCUCCCAGAGUUCAUGUCAGGCGAUGUACCUCUCAGAUCCAACAGAGCAGGUGGACAUUCUGAGUGACAUGAUCUGUGCUGGAUACCAGACGGGCGGAAAGGACUCCUGCCAGGGUGACUCAGGGGGGCCUUUGGUCUGCCCGAUGACAAAUGGGACCUGGGUGCAGGCCGGAGUGGUGAGCUUUGGGAUCGGCUGUGCUCAGCAAAACAAGCCAGGCGUGUACGCCAGGCUUACCACCUUCUCAAGCUUCAUCAAGAAAAACGUACCAGAGGUUCAACUCUACGGAGGAGCCCAUCACAUCCAGAGUGGGAGCAUUAUUUUGCUGGUUAGCUUUGUGCUAACACUGCAGGUUCUACUUCAAAGAUGAUUUGCCAUCAAAACUUAAUUCCUGAGGGUAACUCUAAAUCUCUGCCUCGGUGGCCUUUAAUAGUCACAUUAUGUUACUUGUAUCUGACGUGCACCAGAAGCCAUAACAAAAUGAGAUCAUGAUUUUGUUUUGUUUUUUUAAAUGACAGCUUUGUAUGAUGAGCUUUGAUUAAAAGUAGAUUUCAUAGUUUUGUACUAAAUCAUAAAUUGUGAUCAUUUUGCAUUUCAAUUAAAUGUUGUUUAACCUAAAA